CUCUUCUCCUCCUACAGACGAGAGAAGAUGAUUGCGCUUUAGAGGAUGUCGUCAGCCUCAGCCACGCUAGAGUAGGAGUUAGAACGCAACCAGCGCGAAGGAAGAAACUUGCCCUCAUCAAAGAAGUUUACUGAGGAGAUGAGUUGCCCUGUAGUCGCCAACAUUAAGAUCUGAAGUCUGACGCCCCGAGAUUGGUGACCAUGGUGAUGAACUUUAGGUGACACCCCCCCCAGCCUCUCCCCCUCACCACAGUCCGCCCCGAGCCCGCCAGACCCCCCUAAAGAUCCUGUGUGUGUGUGUGUGUGUGUGGCGAUGGCUCGUGGUGGUGGUCCUGCAGGGGACUCCUCCUCGGCGGAGGGUGUGCAUCUGAAGCAGGAGAUCUCGCUGCUCCACGGCGUCUGCCUCAUCGUGGGCAACAUGAUCGGCUCGGGCAUCUUCGUGUCGCCCGUGGGCGUGCUCCUGUUCAGCGGCUCCUACGGCCUCUCGCUGGUCAUCUGGGCGGUCGGCGGCAUCUUCUCCGUCUUCGGUGCCCUCUGCUACGCCGAGCUGGGCACCACCAUCCGCAAGUCGGGCGCCAGCUACGCCUACAUCCUGGAGGCCUUCGGCGGCUUCCCCGCCUUCAUCCGGCUGUGGACCUCGCUGCUCAUCGUGGAACCGGCCAGCCAGGCGGUCAUCGGACUCACCUUCUCGCUCUACCUGGUCCAGCCGUUCUACCCGUCGUGCCAAGCGCCCUACGACGCGGUGCGCCUCAUCGCUGCCAUGAUCAUAGCUCUCCUGACCUUCGUGAACUGCAUGAAGGUCAAAUGGGGAGCCAUCCUGCAGGUGGCCUCCACGGUAGCCAAGGUCCUGGCCUUAAUCGUCAUCAUCAUCGUCGGGCUGGUUAAACUGGCACAGGGCCAGACGCAGAACUUUGAGAAGUCGUUCGAGGGCUCCAAGCUGAACCCAGGGGACAUGGCACUGGCUCUCUACUCUGCACUGUACUCGUACUCCGGCUGGGACACACUCAACUUCAUCACCGAGGAGAUCAAGGACCCAGAGAGGAAUCUGCCCCUGGCCAUCGCCAUCUCCAUGCCCAUCGUCACGGUGAUCUACAUCCUGACCAACGUGGCUUACUACACAGUCAUGAACAUGGACAUGGUGCUGGGCAGCGAGGCCGUUGCCGUGACGUUUGCUGAUGAGGUGCUGGGCUGGGCUCGUUGGCUGAUUCCUCUGUCAGUGGCCAUCUCCUGCUACGGAGGUCUCAACUCCUCCAUCAUUGCUGCCUCCAGAUUGUUCUUCGUGGGUUCUCGGGAGGGUCACCUGCCCAACGUGCUGUGCAUGAUCCACGUGGAGCGCUACACGCCCAUCCCUGCCCUGCUGUUCAACGGAGGCAUGGCGCUGGUGUUCCUGUGUGUGCAGGAUGUGUUCCGGCUGAUUAACUACUUCAGCUUUAACUACUGGCUCUUCCUCGGCCUCUCCAUCGCCAGCCAGAUCUACAUGCGCAUUAAGCGGCCCGACAUGCCUCGCCCAGUCAAGUGUGUUUGUGUGUGUGUGUGUCUGCAGCUGUCCCUGUUCUUCCCGGUGGUGUAUUGUCUGUGCACGGUGUUCUUGGUGGUGGUUCCGCUCUACAGCGACACCAUCAACUCCCUGGUGGGCAUCGCCGUGGCCGUCUCCGGGGUCCCCUUCUACUUCCUGUUCGUCCAUCUGCCGCCCAGCUCACGGCCGGCCUUCAUCAAGCACAUGCUGGACUGGAUCUCCCUGUACACCCAGAAGUUGUGUUUCUGCUGUGUGGCCGAUCCUGACCUGGACCUGGACAACCUGCCUGAGGGCAAGACCGAUUAGAGGAGCACCCUUCUCCAUACACACACACACCUUACUGUCCUCUCUCUCUCUCUCUCUCUCUCUCUCUCUCUCUCUCUCUCUCUCUCUCUCUCUCUCUCUCUCUCUCUCUCUCUCUCUCUCUCACACACACUCACACACACACACAGAGAUACAGACACACCUUACUGUCCUCUCUCUCACACACACACACACACAUGUGUGUGUGUAUGACUUAAAUUCAGGCUCCUUGAUGCCCCUGCACCAGUGCCUUGCUGUGUAGUGCUGGAGUGUGUCUCCCUCUGCUGGGGGCAGUGAGGGACUGCAGCAAAGCCCAGUGUUGGACUCGCGCAGCCAAGAGGUUCCAUUUCACCGCCAGGACAUCAGGAACUGUUCUGAUGCCAAGAGGUUCUGCGGAUCUGAGAGCUGCGACCCCUAUGCUGCAGGUCACCGAGGUCACCAAGGUCAGCGCGGGCUGACGGAAUGGACAGAGUGGACGAGGGGUGUGUGUCUUUGUGUGUGUGUGUGAGGGGUUUUUAAAUGGGGGAAGGAUUUCUGGGGGGCCAGAAAUUGGAGCUUGACAAUCCUGUGUGUGUGUGUGUGUGUGUGAUUGAUGUUGAUGGUUGUGUGUAUGUCAGAGACACUACGGUUGUGUGUGUGUGUGUGCACCUGACAUGUCAGAACUUGGACCAGUAGAUUCUGUUAGAUGAGGAAAUGGGACCGUGCUCACAAGUAGAUGGUUCUGUCAGAUAAGGAACAGAACCAAAUCUUUUAUGUUAUGAUGCCUUCAGGGGGGUAAGUGCUAGAGUUAGCUGAACAGCGCAAGCUUUACUGUGUUUCCUGCCAAAGUGAUUGUGUCAGUCAUCAUUUAAUGUGUUUGGGACACUAGCCACAGCAAAGUCAUCACUUUAUGUGUAAAACGUGUUGCCGUCCACCACUAUGUUAUUUGUGUGGAAGCUGUGCAAUCCAUGACCCCUGAUGUGGUUUCUGAGUAGCGUGGGCACUGAAGCUGUGACGCCACAGUCAGGGUCUGGGCCUAAUCCUGGUCCUCAGGCCUGGUCUUGGGGUUUUUUGGGGAUGUGGGGGAUGCCUUUAGAGCUGGGUAGUGUGUGUAGUGUUGUCGCGUCGCCUCUCAUCUGACAUAUGUAAUGUUUCUAUGUAAAUGCUUCUGUAUGAUUGUGGGUCUCACACACACACAUACACACACACACACACCCACACACACACACACACACACACACUGACACACACCAGCUUUCACACUUUCCAGCUUCAUUCGCACCAGGGGUGGAAAUUAAAUUGUAAAAUGUGUACAUCUACCAGCCAUUGGCAGAUUCUCAGUCAAAUGCACCAGCCACUCAAUUUGAAAUUGUUACUUUGUGUCUGAACUCUACCAGCCAAUUUCAUAUUUUACCAGCAUUUGGCUGGUGGCUGGUGCCAAUUUCCACACACACACACACAAACUCACACACACACUUACAUACAAACACAAACACACACACACACACACACACACACACACAAACACACACACACAC